ACACAGUAGCUGACUCCAUCCGGAGCACAGCGGUGGCUAGGACCCAGCAAGAGCCUGGAGAGGAGUGCGGAGGAAGACAAGCAACAUAAUUUAAAGCAGACACCGUCCCAAAUAAGGUUAUUUCCCUGAAAUUGCCUUCGUUCUGAAGUUAAAAGGGAGCCUUUUGGCAUCCUGAAUGGGUGAACAUGAAGCUGACCCACAACUUCAUCGGUACCAGGACUGAACCGGUUUUGAAGAGCUGGAUAUGCGUUUUAAAGACAUGAUAAGCAGUGUUUGGGGAAGCGGGGAACCCUUGAAACAAGAACCAUGAAACUGUACAUCAUCUUCUUCCUGGCAGUGGUGAACAGAGGAACCUCUAACAAUCAGUCCACAGAGGGGAUGAUGCCCUGUGAAAUGGCAAACUCACAGGCAUUUUGCCACAACAAAGACCUCCACCAAAUCCCUCGUGACCUCCAUCCAAGUGUAAACAAAAUAGAUCUGUCUGGAAAUCUGAUUCAAAGCAUCCCUGAAAUGCCAUUAUCAUUUUACACUUCCCUCCAGUGCCUGGAUUUAAGCUCUAACCAGAUCAGCUUCAUCACACCUGGAGUCUUUGCACACAUGACGAAUUUGCUGGAAAUAAACUUAGCCAACAAUCACUUAUAUGAGCUUGCUCAGAAUGGGACAGAAGGGAUCGGACUAUUACCCAAGGUGGAAAUACUGGACUUGUCCCACAACAGUCUGUACAAUGGGAUGGCUGAGUAUUUCAUCAAACAAGCUCCAGCACUGCGAUAUCUCUCCUUGGCAGAAAACAGUAUUAUAAGGAUAUCACACAAGAUGUUUCAGGGAUCUCCCAGUCUUAUGGAGAUAGAUCUUCAGAGUAAUAUCGUCAUGGAAAUAGAAGAAGGUGCUUUUGAGACUCUAGUGAACCUUUCCAAACUCAACCUCUCCAUGAAUUCAAUCACUUGCAUCUCUGAUUUCAACCUCAGGCAGCUGGAGAUACUUGACCUUAGCAGGAAUAGCAUUGAGACCUUCCACACCACAAAAUCAGAUGAUGAAUAUAGCUUAAGAUUUUUGGAUUUGAGUGAAAACAAACUGCUUCACUUCCCAGUCUUCCCCCAGGUAAAUAAGCUGGUAACUCUGAAUUUAUCAAAGAAUUUAAUCCAGCUCACUGCUGAAUCCCCUCAUAAUAAAAUGGACUAUAUGGAAAAAGAAUGGAUAGAUGCUUCUUUUCAUCUUCUUGAUCAGAAGCAAAGUAGAAACAAAAGUUCUCUUUAUUUAUCCCACCUUGUAUAUUUAGACUUAAGUUAUAAUGAAAUAAAAUCCUUUCCAGAUGAGUUCUUUGAAUCAAUGUUGUCCCUUCACACCCUGAAUCUCAGUAAAAACUGUCUUCAGGCAUUUGCAGUAACUUAUGACAGUGCAUUGACCUCCCUAACUGUCCUUGACUUGAGCUACAAUGCUUUGCAGAACCUUCUCCUUGAUGCUCACACACUGUCAAAUUUGAAGGAGCUCUACAUUCAAAACAACCAUCUUCAGACCCUACAAUUUGAUAUCUUCUCAAGCCUCCCUAGCCUCAGACUGCUUAGUCUACAGAGCAAUAAUAUCAGCCUUUGCAGCAUGUACUCAGGAUUAGCUAAGCAAAGACUUGCUGGAGAGGAAAGUGGUUGUGUGUCAUUUGUUGACUCUCCUAAUCUUCAGUACUUAUACCUAGCUGACAACAUGCUGAACAUCCUACCAGCAUACACUUUCUAUAAGACUUCUCUGGUCGUCUUGGAUCUCUCCAUGAACCCCGGGCUGAAAAUAGAAGUUAAAGCAUUAUCAGGACUGGAAAAGUCUCUGGAAUAUUUGUAUUUACAUGGCAAUAGCCUCAUAGAUUUAAAUAUUGACUUGCCUUGCUUUAGUCACCUUAAACAUUUAAACCUCUCUGAAAAUCAGCUGAACUGGCUGCCUAAGUGGGGUAGUGACUCUCCACUGGAAGUACUGGACCUACGGAACAAUAGGUUUAGUACAUUACAGAACAGCAAUAUUUUAGCAUUAGAAAAUUCACUUAAAAACUUGUAUCUAACUGGGAACCCACUCAACUGCUGUGGAAACAUCUGGCUUUCAUCAAUGAUCCAGAACAAAAAUGUCCAGAUCCCAAAUGUGGAGCACUUAACCUGCCACUACACUCAGAACUUUGGGUACCAGGAAGAAAUGCACAUUGGGAACAUUAGACCAGAAAACUGUGAAAAAGAGGAUCUGAAGAAAAUCAACUUCCUUAUCAUAUUAACAUUUGUGUUGGUUUUAUCUGUGAUCAUCAUUGGCGUGGGUUCAUUCUUCUGCUUCCGCAGGCAAAACUUCAGCCAUCAGUUCAAAGCAUAG